UUUUCCGCAUUUCGGCAGUUUUGGUUUAAGCUCUCUGCUACUCUGAAAUCGCGCGCUGCAACGGUUUCAGCAAUCGAAGCUAGUAGUUACAUGGAAGGACAAGAAAACUUGCUUGACACACUUUUUGACGAGGAUAACUUUGAGGCUGGGCAAGAUGUUGAGAUGCUUGAUGUAGAAGAGGGUGAGUUUGUUGAACCAAUUCAAAGGACUAGAGCAGGAGAAAGUUCUAAUGUUCAUGAUAUUCAAGAAAAUCAAGAAUCUAACAGGCCAAGUUCAAAACAGAAGAAGAAGAAAAAGAAAAACAAGAGGAGGAAAGGUGGCAGUGUAGGUCCAAAUGUAACCGAUGUUAACAGGUUUGUUAUCGAUGCAUGCAAGCGUUUGAGAGAGCCAAAAUCUUAUCUUAUGUACACUGCUGUUGGUUGUCUUGGAGUGGCAGCUUUGAGUGAUCUUAUCAAAGAGGUUGAUGCAAUCCAAGCUUGUGGAGGUCAGAAGACCUCAGAUGGCAGCCGAUUCCGUAGAGGUGGUGGUGUAUUAUGGAAUAUUAUCAAAGUACGCGAUCCAAAUGCCUACAAAGAGAUAAUGAGACAAGGAAGAGAGUUUGAGAAACAAUUCAAGCAGCAGAAGCAAGAACCACCCGUGCAACACCGAGAUGCUCCCUCAAAAAACCCACCUCUUGCUGGCAAUCAGAUCGAGGGUAAUCCAUCGGAUAAUAUGGAUCUCGCACCUCACGAUCAAAGCCAGCUCGAAACCGGACCAAAACGUACAUCUGCUCAUGAACGGAUACGAAUGCCAGUUAUAUACGAUGAUUUUCUGGUCGGUGGAGAGAAUUCCAAGGAUAAAUUAGCUGAUGAGGAAGCUGCUGCUGUUCCUGCAAUGUAAGAGAACCGUUAUUUUAUGCCUUUUGAUCCGUUGCCUUCUUUUGCUACACAUGUUAUUCCAUAUCUUCGGGGGGCAAUUUUUAUCGAUAAACUCUGAGGCCACUUCUCUUUCCCCUUUUCACCGUGUACAAAAACUUGCUACUUACUGAAACAUUACUAUGAAUACUCUUAUCUGAGAAGAUGGAUUUCCAUCCUUAUUAUCAA